AUGACGAUGUCGGAGCUUCCAGGAGAUGUGGUGGAGGAGAUACUCUGUCACGUUCCGGCCACAUCUCUGAAAAGGUUACGAUGUACUUGCAAAACAUGGAAUCUUUUAUUGGACGAUGCAAGAUUUGCGAGAAAGCACUUCGAGAAAGCCGCAAGACAGAUUCUAAUUCUCAUGUUGACAGAGAAAUUAAGGGUUUGUUCGACGAACAUCAAUCUCCAUGGAGUUCCAUCAAUAGGUGUAAAAGGUGAGUUUAGCCUAAUCAGUUCUCAUCCUAGUUUAAGAAUAGCUGACAUAGAUAGAGUUUUUCACUACGAUGGCUUAUUGUUAUGCACCAUCAAUGAUUACACUAGUCUCGUCGUUUGGAACCCAUGUACCGGUCAAACCAUCCAAACCACAGUUCCUUACAAGAUAUUUUCCUGCAACUUUGCCCUCGGAUCCUACAAAGACAAAAAUUCCGGAUAUAACAGUAGCUACAAAAUAUUGUGCUAUCAUUAUGGUUAUAACGGCCGGAAAGGAUUCUCAAUUUGUGACAUUAAGUCUAAUUCAUGGAGGACUCUUGACCUCACUUUGGACUUUGAGGUAAUCUGGAUGGGGCACAGCGUGUCUUUGAAGGGAAAGACUUAUUGUUUUGCAGUAGAUAAAAGAAAGGGCCACUAUGGUGUCUUAUUAGUCAGUUUUGAUUACACAACAGAGAUAUUUGAACGUAUUUGUCUUCCAUUUUACUAUUCUGUAAGUAGUUUUUGGAUUACAGCUCUCUCCGUUGUUAGAGAUGAAAAGCUUUCCGUGUUAUUACAGAGCCCAAGUAAGCUACGGAUAGAAAUAUGGGUGACAAAUAAAAUUGAUGAGACCAAUGUGGUAUCGUCGAGCAUGUUCUUGGCGUUAGAUUAUUCCAAAAGUGAUAUUCGGUCUGGAGUAAGGUUUUUGGUCGACGAAGAGAAGAAAUUUGUUGUGUAUUGGUAUAGGAAAGGUGUGGUCAAUGGCGAAAACAUGGUACACAUCAUUGAGGAGGAUAAUAAAGUUAGGAAAUUGGAUUUUGAGGCAACUACGAUGAGUACAUCAUCUAGCCCUCUUUUGUUUACUUAUGUUCCAAGUUUGGUUCAAAUAUAGUAACUUGAAAGACCGGAGGAGGCAACUAUAUAGUGUUUGUAAAUUUCUCCCUUUUUUUUUAA